GACUAAAGAGAAAGCUUUUUUUGCCAACAUGAAAAAACAGUUGAAGGAGACUAAGGGAAAGUCCUUAAAUGAUGCGAUUGUUGCAAACUGUUUCUCUGCAUCUAUGGAAGUUGCAGGUGUAGGUCCAUUUGUCAACCCACCAAAAGUUAGCAGUGCUGGAGAUGGAGAGACUGGAAGUAUCAUCCUGGGCAUUGGUGAAGGUUUAAUUACUGGAUUAAUGCAAAAUGAGCAAACACUAUUGCCACUGAUGCUGAAAACGUCUACGCUUGAGUUAGAAGGGAUGAUGUUCAACCCCGGAGAGUACAAACCAAGGAGCUUCUCUAUGGGAACCAGUGGAACCAGCAUCGAGAUCAACAUAGAGGAACUGGCUAAAAAGAACAACGAUUUUGGGGCAGUUUCUUUAUUGAAGCUCAACGGCUUGGAGAGUCUCCUCAGUCAUCAGUACUUUGAAACGGAAAAUGCCACAGAGUUUGGUGCAGAUAUUUUCUCUGCAUUCCUCCCAUUAAUGGAUAACACCAACAUAACAGACCCGGUCAACUUCACCAUUCAACACUCAAAGAUGUUUCCUGCUGAUGUUGUGGUGUCGUGCUUGUAUUGGGCGACAGAGGAAACCGAAGAAGAAGAGAGUGAGAAUGUUGAAGAACCAAGUUCCUCGGGUUUUUGGUCAACGGAGGGUUGCUGGGUCUCCUAUACCAACGAAAAUUACACUAUAUGUAGCUGCUUGCAUCUCUCCACAUUCGCUCUGAUUAUGCAAACGGGAGAGCCUCCACCAGAAAGUGACUUCCUGAACUGGCUCAAUAGGAUCUGCGUCUGUAUCGGACUCUUCUUCUUCUGUCUGGCCAUUCUGACCUUCCUCCUGUGCAGCUGGAACCCCAAAAUCAACAACACUGCUCGUCUCCACCUGUGUAUCAAUCUAGGCCUAUCCCAUCUACUUCUGUUGUUUAAUGAGCAUUUCUAUGCUGACAAGCUGGCCUGUACGGCAAUAGCAGGAAUUCUCCACUUCCUGGUUGUGGCCAGUUUUGUGUGGAUGCUCCUGGAGGCCGUGCAGCUCUUAAUGCUGGUCCAGAGGCUCAAUAAGGUGCAGGUGAUCGAGAGAGACGGCCUCCCCAAACUCGUUCUCUAUCUCAUCGGCUACGGGGUCCCUCUGCUCAUUGUGGGGGUCUCUGCAUUGAUCUAUAGCUCGGGAUAUGGACAAGUUGCUGGAAAUGCCUGCUGGUUGUCGACAACACGCAAAUUCAACUGGGCUGUAACAGGACCAGUGGUCGCUAUUCUCAUUCUGAAUUUUAUGUUGUUCUGUGCUACACUGUGGAGCCUGAGAACUACCUUGGCCAACAUGAGGAGUGGUGCUUCUAACUCCAAAGAUGCCAGGCUUGUGUUGUUCAAGAUCGUGGCCCAGUUUGUCAUUCUAGGCUGUACUUGGCUCCUGGGUCUAUACCAGUCAAAUCUUUUCUUCCAAGUUCUCUUCAUAAUUCUCAACUCACAGCAAGGAACCUUCCUCUACAUAAUCCACUGUAUGCUCAACAAAGAGAUUCGAGAAGAGUGUCUUAAAUGCCUCUCGUGUUCUCACAAUAGAGAGAAAGACAGAACAGUAUCAACUACAGACGACCUGGAUGCCAACAAAUAAGUCUUCAAGGAUUGCAGUAGUAGGCUUUACAAUUAAAAAAUUACA